AUGGGCGAGGCAAGCAAGUGGUUGGUUGAGUUGCCAAGAGAUUCUAUCACUUCGUGGGAUGAACUUAUUACCGCAUUCCAAGUGCAAUUCUUUCCCCCGUCGAAGAUGAUAAAUUUAAGAGAUGGAAUCGUAGAGUUUAGAUGUUUGGAAGAUGAGCAAAUAAAUGACACAUGGUUGAGAUUCAAGGAUCUAGUACUUCAGUACCCUACACAUGGACUUCCAGAUAAGGUGCUGCAGGAAUAUUUCUAUAGAGGUCUUGAUUUGGUAAAUAGAGGAGUGGUUGAACAACUUUCUCAGGGUGGAAUAUUGCGGCAUCCCUACAUAAUAGCGUCCCAACUCCUCGAUUGCAUGACCAAGAGAAAUAGGGCAUGGCAUACUCGCGAAGACCAAGUCUCUCCUCUCACUUGUAAAUUGACAAAAGAACUGAUCAUAAAAUAUCAAGAGAGAGACCAGAACUUUGCCAAAAUAAUGACCCAGCUACAUACCUUGGCCAAAAAUGUCAUGGAAUUUGAAGCGUUGUACAAUAAGAAAGUAAACUUACAGGCCAAUCAAAAAGGAAAUUAUCAUGCCAAAUCCUCAAGGCCGGGAGGCAACAAAGGAUGGAAUAGAGAAGGAGAGAAGGAUAGGUAUGUUCCUCCCCAUGAGAUUCAAAAACCCAAGGACUCUAAGAGCAGCUGGAAAGAUAAUAUGCUCUCACAUAUUCUCCACAAAGUCGAAGAGUCAAACAAAGUGUGGAAAGAAUUAAAAAAGGAUGUCAUGACUCUCCAUCAGAUGGUGACCUCUUAUUCCAUUGCUAUUAAGCAGUUGAAGACCCAAAUGGGUCAAAUUUUGUCUCAUCUGAACCCAAGACAACUAAGGGGGGUUGAAAAGUGGAGUGUGUUUGAGAAUGUGUGGUUUGGCGAGCCAAAGAUCCAGUUGGCAACUCGUCGAAGAUAUCGGCGAGCCCGACUUGGACCGCCAUAG